AUGCCUAGCCUCUACAUCCCGCCCAAGGAAGUACCCGUCCGGAUCGUUGGGCUUUCAAGCUCGAGGGCUCUCUUCUCUCGUCACCACCGAUCCCCAUACUUCUGGCACCAUCCUUUCAGCGAAGAGUACCCCGACCAGUGGUGGUACAUUGUUCCCGGGAGUGGAAACCAUGAGGGAAAGUACCUGAUCAAGAGCAAACAUACCCAGGAGGUCAUCUUUUCCCGAACCCACAUGGAACCCAAUGUUGGUACCAUCGACUCAAACGGAAAGUACCAAGACAACUGGUUCGUGCUCGAGCCAGGCACUGGCCAGCGCGCCAACAACUUCCGGCUUGUCUGUCCGGCCAGUAACACCACCCUUUUCUCACGCACGCAUAACAAUCCGGAGGUGGGCAACUGGGGCUCAGGCAACACAAAGUAUGACGACCAGUACUUCCGUCUCUUUUUCGAGAACAUGGUCUUCAAGGGCAUCAAAUUCAACGUCGAUGAAGGCAAGAUCCUGGAUACGACACCGAUCGUGCUCACCCGCAGCAACCUCUCGAACAAUUCGUCCGUCGACCAGAAGAUCUCGUCGACGUUCAAGGAGGCGACCGAGAACGAGUCCUCAUUCGAGUACACGCUCGGUUUCGCCAUCGAGGUCGGAACUUCCUUCUCGUGCGGCGUUCCGCUAUUGGCUGAGGGCAAGAUCGAGGUCUCGGCCACGGUCAGCAACGAGUUCAAGUGGGGCUCAACCACGAAGAAGGUGACCGAGUUCUCGGCCACGUUUGAAGCGACAGCGCCCCCGCACAGCACCGUGGUCGCGUCCGCAACCGUCACCCGAAGCGUGAUGCAGGUGCCAUUCACUAUGACCUGGACCUCCCCUGAGCAUAAUUACGAGGUCACGACGGAGGGAACCUAUCGCGGCGUCCAGUUUUAUGACCUCAAGUGCGACUACACCGAGCCUAGGUCUUCUUAG